GCGUUAUCUUUCCUUUGUUGUGUUAUUUAUCACGUGACAAUAACAAGUCCAAGAUGGCAGCUGAAAUAAAGGAAGAUGAAAAAAAAGUAGGAAAUGUCAGAAAACCAGUGUUGUUAAAUAAAAUAGAAGGAUGCCCAGAUACUAUCAAUGAAGCUAUUAUAAUUCCAAAAGAGGAUGGUGUAAUUAGUGUUAGUGAUGACAAGUGAGUAAUUGUUUUUAUCGCAUUUUAUGGUUUUGAAAUGAAAAUAUAUUCUACUAUUAGACUAUUACUAUUUACUAUAUUAUUAAUUAUUAUAAUAUAAUUAUAAUUUAUAUUAAUAUUAAUAACUAAGUAAAAGUAAAGUCUAAAGCUUUUUUAUUUUCCUAUUUAAAUCUAAAAAGUCAGCCCCUUAUGAGAAUAAUUACUGUCAGUGAGACUGAUAAUAAAUGUUGCUUUUUAAAUUUGGAAAGGCGGAUGGGCGUUUAUUAUUUAUUAUUAUUAUUUAUUCAUUCAAAAUAUUUUUCAAACAAAACUACCAGUACCAGACUCAGACAACCUACACUACACUCACAAUUCAAUAUAAUUUUUUUUUUUAAUUUGAUUUUAAAUAUUCAAACACUAUUCAGCUAUCCAAUCUUGAAUAUUGUCAUUAUUGUAAAAUGAAACUGAAAGUGAAAGUAAAAUCUAAAUUAUACUUAAAUUAUUAAUAGCCCACAAUAAAAUAUACAGUCUACAGUCUACAGUUCCAAAAGUAACCUCAAAGUCAAAUAACUUUUUACUGAUAGUUAUUUAUAUUUAUUACUUUACUUUACAAUUAUUCAUUUAUAAACCAGAACUGAAUAUCGAGAUUAAAGUUAGAUGCCAUAUGUAUAUAGUUCUACUUAAAUCUUAAACAAACAAAUUUGGCCUACCUAAUUAAACAGUUUUUCUACAGUUUUUUUUAAAGUAGGCCUAGGCAUAGGCUAAUUUUGAUUUUGACUUAGCCUUAGCUGAGGGCCUUGUCAUUUUAAAUUUGAGGUCUAAUCAUUUAAGUCCAAGCAUGUUUAUUAUUAGAUAUUCUAAGCCUAUUCAGUUAUUAUUAUUUGUUUUUCACUAUUUAUACCUUUUUGCUAUUAUUUUGACAUUAAUCUAAAGAAUCUAAUUUAAAAUAACUAGUGACAGAUAGUGAGACUGUUAAAUUUAUUGCACACACUCUCAAAACAUUCAGGUUUAGUAUCAGAAUAAAAUCCAUGACUCUGCUUGACAAUGUUGUACAAAUUCAGAGAAAAUAUUAAAGUCUAGUGGCAUAGGUUGUGGCAGGGGAGGGGGAUGGAAUCAGAGGGAAGUCAGAAGGGUAUGUGUGGAUUCGGAGGGAAGAAUGGAGAAUAAUAUCCUCUUAUUCCUUGUCUUCUGUUCAAAGAGAUCUGGAAAAAAAAAGAAGGUUUUUGCUUGUUUGAUUAAUUCCUUCUGUGUAAUUUCACAGCUUCACUCAACUUUAAUAAUAAACCUAGAAAAGAUAUAAAAUACAAUGUCAAAUAGCUUAUUCAACGAUCAUUCCUUGUGUUUAAAGCGCUAAUGUAUUAUUUCAGGACACUCAGAGUAUGGUUGAAGCGAGACUCAGGACAGUACUGGCCAAGUAUCUGUCACACUAUGCCAUGUAAUUAUCUUGCUUACUGUUCAAUAGUUCUGAUGGUUAAAAAAUUUACAUUAAAUAUUUUUUAAACUUAUUACUGUUGAUUUAAUUUAAAAUCCUUUUAAAAAUUUACAUCCAUACAUUUUUCUUUAAAUAGCCAUUUAAAAAAAAUUUUUUGUGUGUUUCACUUUUAGCUGAGGCUUCUUCAGUAUUUUACAACUCAGAAACAAGACGACUUUUUGUUGGGCAAGACAAUGGAACUAUAACAGUAAGAAACAUAGGCAACAAGUUUAGACCAGUUCAAUAAAAUUGGCUGGACGUUAAAUUAAUAAGAGAUGUGUAAUUUUAAAAAAAACAUUUUUUAUUAUUUUUCUCUUAUCACUAUCUCAUUAAUAUUAAACAAGACUUUUCUUUCCCAUUAUUGCAACAAGCAAAUUCAAUCUGUAUAAAUAUUGAAAAUAUCAUGCAGUGAAGUUUAUUUUUAUUUUUUUCCUUAGUUUAUCAUUAUUCUUCUAAAAUAUAAAUAAUAUAUUUUUUUUAAAGCUUUGAACCUAUACUUUUUUUUACUAAUAUUUUUUUUACAUAAUAUGUUUAGGAGUUUGAAUUAACAGAGGACUACAACAGACUUAUACACAGAAGAGACUUUAUUGGUAAAUUUGGCUUAUCAAUAGGGAUUUAAUGUUUUCUAUCAUAAUCACCUUGCUAUAUUAUUUAAACAUAAAAUUUGUACAUUAAUAGUGAAUGAUUUCCAAAAAUUUCCAAUCACCUGCUUUUACUUUAUAUUCAUACAAAUAAGCAGAAAUAAUUAUAACAACUUGCUCACAUUUCCAGUCUUCCUUUUUAAUCAUCAAAUAUUUCUUUUUGAGCCACAGAUAUAAUUUGUUAUACUACAUGCAUUAUCUGUUUCCCAGUAAUCUCUGAAUUUUAUGUUGUCACAGCCCACCAAAGCCGCGUGACAGGCAUCCGGUUCUCCCUGUCAUGUGAAUGGGUUCUCAGCUGUGGUAAGGACAAGUAUUUCAUCUGGCAUUGCUCGGAGACUGGAAGGAGACUGUGUGGCUACCAAGCAAAUGCAAUGUGCCUCUGUUUAGAGUAUCCUUUUUUAAACUUAUUUCUCAGCUUGUCAAAGACUUGGGCCUUCUGGAUAAUCAUUUUGACAACUUUUUGUUCACAUUAAAAUUUAUUCUGUGCUACAGUUUACUCUGUUAUGAUACAAAAUUACAUGUUAUUGUUAAAAUUUAGGUUUUUAUUUUAAAAAGAAAAAUUAUAUUGGUUAGCAGACUAAUUAUUUCUUGGCUCAAAUAAGAUGGAAAUGAAUAAACAUGUGACAGGCAAGACCGAGUUUAUUUAUCAUUCUGACAUUUAAUUGAAACAAAACCUUGACUGUAGACUAGAUUCGAUGAGCAGUCAAAGUAUGCUUUUGUUGGGGAUUACUCUGGACAGAUUUCAGUGUUGAAGCUCAAGGAUAAUUCCUUUGACCAUGUGGUCACAUUGAAAGGACAUGCAGGUAAUUCUUGGCAAUAGUUUCCGUAGAGUAACUUUAAUAUUGAUUUGUUGACUUCCUGAAUCUGCUGUAUUUUUUUUUUUUUUCUUGACCUUGAAAAUUGGCAGCUUUUAAAUUUGGUUCAAAAUGUUCUGUUUCUUUUAUUUUGUAUGUAAUGUGUGUGUGGGGGAGGGGGGGAGAUGUUGUUAUAAUAAAUCAUAAUAAAGCGAUAAGCUUUAAAAGCUGAUAGAUAUAAUUGUUAAGCUGGUAUAAGAAAUUGUGUGUAUAACCUCAACAACUAUGGAGUACUUAAAACAUGUCUCACAAAGAUCAAUUUGACCCAAUAAGCCAAAUAAAGCAUGUAUUUGUUGAUUUGUUCAGCCAUUUUGAGAAGGAUUUAUCUAUCUAAAAAAAAGCAAAAUAUUAAAUUUUGUAUUCCAAUGACAUUCAUUACAUACAAAUCAUUUCUGCUCUCUUAAGCACUGUAUUAUCACUUAAAUUUUUACUUAUGUAAAAUUCAUUUUCUUGCUCUUUUCGUAUUAAUUCAACUUCACCUCCUUUGUUUUUGGUUUUAGAUUUUUUUAAACUUGACUUCAAAAUGAAAAGUGAAGAGAAACUGUGUCUAUAUUAUAAAUUAUGUUGUUAUUUUCCACUUAAAAAUGAACUUGCACAUGAAAUUUUUUUCUAACAUAUCUAAAUUAUAAAAAAGCAAGUUUUUUGCUUAAAAAUAUGACUUUAGAAAUCUCAAGGCUAAACUUUGUUUCUUCAUCGUUAAUAGGAUGAUGUGAAGAAAAAAGAAAUGUUUUUGUACAAUUUUGAAGAACUUAAAUACAUUUUGGAAAAAUUGUACUCUCUAUCAAUUAUUUAUUUUUAAAUUGUCAAAGCAAAUGCUAUGGGUUAAAAUAUUGAAUAAAAAUAUGCACCUUUUUUGACUGAUGAACCGUCCAACAUGCCUAUAGUCCCAGUUUAGUUUUUGACUUAGCAAUGGCAUACCAUUAUAUUUUAAUGAAGCUCUAUCCCAGUAAUCUAUUAGGAUAGUUCCACACUUUGGUACCUUGCUGUUUGCCGGCACUUUACUGUUUAUCAUUGUUUUAUUUAGUUGAAUUUCCAUUUAAGAGGCAGAUAUGUUUUAUUGGGGAUUUUUUACUUAAGGAAAUAAUUUUCAUAAGAGCUUAAAUUAAGUAUGGUAACAACUCUUUAUGAACCCAAGCAUUGUGUGUGUGUUCAUACAUACCUACCCUAGCCUGUCUAAAAUUAAGUAUGGUAACAACUCUUUAUGAACCCAAGCAUUGUGUGUGUGUUCAUACAUACCUACCCUAGCCUGUCUAAAAUUAAGUAUGGUAACAACUCUUUAUUAACCCAAGCAUUGUGUGUGUGUGUUCAUACAUACCUACCCUAGCCUGUCUAAAAUUAAGUAUGGUAACAACUCUUAAUUAAGUCAAGCAUUGUGUGUGUGUGUUCAUACAUACCUACCCUAGCCUGUCUAAAAUUAAGUAUGGUAAUAACUCUUUAUGAACCCAAGCAUUGUGUGUGUGUUCAUACGUACUUACCCUAGCCUGUCUAUUUUAUUUCCUGUGUGUUUUUGUUCAGUGCGAUGCAAGUUGGCUAAUGUCAAGGUGACAUGUAUGAAUCAGGAAUUAAAAGCGAUGCCUGUUGAUUUUAACGAGAUAUUGUCACUUUACCAACACUCUCUUGGUAUGGUGAAAACUAGUUACUGUCAUUAUCACCCAACCAAUUAUGUGGCACUCCAUUUAACCAACCAACCAGUAAUGUGGGCCUCCACCUCUCCAACCAAUCGAUUAUGUUGACCUCCAUUUAACCAAAUAUUCAGCACUCCUACUUUCCACCAAACCAAUAUUAUGGCACUUCACCUGUCAACCCAAACUGUUGCAUAGACCUUUUCAUUUACAUGAUUUUGUGGCACACCCACUCUCUACCUAUGGCACUCCACCUAUCAUUUCCAUUUGUAAAUAUUCUAUAACUUUAUUGGUUUUGAAAAGCAAACAAAUUUUAUUAUUUUCUCGCGUGUAAUUACAUUCAAUAAUAAAUUGUCACAAGGAACAUUUAAUGGCGAGCUAGUUGAAAAUAUUUGUAUGUAAUGAAUGUUUUUAUCUGAAGAAUAAUUUUUAAAAAUCUCUACUCCAUUGAGUCAAAUGGUAGUUUGCGUUUGAAGUUUAAAACCAAUAAGUUUAAAAUCCUUGUUAUUUCUGGUCCUUGCUCUCAGAUUGUGCCCAUGAAUGGAUCUGCUCUAUUCAAAAACCAAAUUAUUUUCUCAUAUAAUCACAUUUCAUUGCAGUGAACUUUCUCAGUUUUCGAAGAGAUUUGGCCAAAUUUCCAUCCCCUGGACUCUCUGCUCUUCGCUCAUUGGUUGGCCUCGGUAAUAAAUACAUUAUUUCUAUAGCUUCAAAAGGCCAAACAGUCACCUGAGAUUGACAUGAUUUAUCAGAGCUUACAAACAAUGCUUAAAAUUGUAUAAAUUAAAAGCCUGUCCUUAAGAGUGAAAUAGAUUUAUCUGUGCUAUGGAAAUUCAGCACAAAUGCUUCAUGUUUCCCCUUUAUAAAGGACUACAUGCCAUGCUUUUUCCUGCAAUAUGACCUCAUUUUGCUUCUUUUUUUUCUUUUUUGUACCCCUUUUCGUCCACUUUUCCCUUAUAUCAUUCAAAAGUUCACAUGGUAAAUCAUAGUUGUAUCAGAUCACUUUUGGAAGGCAUUCUUGAGUGUCAUGUCUCUUUCAUAAAUUUCCAGGAAAUAUUUAGUUUAUUCACUUCUAUCCAAUUUAAUUAUAGGUUUGAACUCACGCAAGCUCUACAUUUACACAUUAAUCAGUUUUGUAAUUCUAUGAGCUAUUAUUGUAUUUUUCGGGUGAAGCCUAGCUAAAUUUUGUUAAUACAUCAUAAAUAAUUGUUUGAAGACUUUAUUUUAAAUAAAAUUUAGUUAUAUAAGUUAUGUACUUAUAAAUUCUGAAAUUUCAAUAUAAUUGUUUUCCAGCUUUUUUUGUUUUUUUGUUGACAAAACCAUUGUGUUUAUAAACCUCUAUUCAGUGUAGUUAAGUUAGCUCAAAAUAUUAUUGCUUAACAAGAAAAAAAUGCAAUAUUAUUAAACUAAUAAUCUUAAAUGCACCCUGGAACAACUGGUCAUUUAGUCUCACUUUUAUUUGUUACAAAACAAUAUUCUUAACUGGCUGCUAACUUAUGAUGAGCAAAUAUUUAAUUUCUCAAUGUUUAAAGAAACUGGAUAUUUGUCAAGCUUGAUAUGCAUAUACAUUUUGAGAUCAUGUUUUUUUAUAAUUCAUAAAAAGUUUUUGAACAAUGGUCCAUGUCAGUCACAUUCCCGAAAUUUAAAGCAAGUAGACAUUUUAUGUUCAUCAAGGUCUCUUUAAUUUUAAAAAUUCAUCUUGAUCACCCAUUUCUUUGUAGUUGUUAAGAAGAAAAGGGAGGAUUUAAAAAAAAAAAGGAUUGUAUUCCUAAAUUUGUUUAUCCUGUUAGAAUGUAUUGUGUGCAUGGUUGUAGUGGCCUGGCACUUGACAAAUUGUGGUACUUUGUUAUCUAUAGGGCACAGCUGUAGGAGGCUGUACUGACAGGGCUGUAUUAGCAAUUUUUUUUAUUAUUUAGCUAGUAGCGGUCCUGUUGGUCAGUUACCAAUCCUAAUGGUAUUUCUAUGUGUCUGUUGUAAAGUUAAUGUAUAUAAAUGUGCAUUAAACCUCAGAGAGACAUUUUCUAGUCACAUGCUUUCCCAGAAGAGCAAAGAUGAAUAGAUUUUAAUUGACAUCUGAGAAGGCACCAUUUUGUAACCAAGGGAUUCCUGGAUUCACGUACUAAUCACUGUGGAUGUGGCUGAAUUACUGUAACAUCAUAAGACUGAGACUAGCACAGUCCCACCAUUAUGUUCAAGUAUCACUGGACUGAAAAUAGCACAGUCCCAUUUUCAACUCUUAUCCUGAAAGAGUUUAUCACAUCUGAUUAGAUGGCCUUAAAAUGAUUAUCUGGUACAGUGUCACACAUACCCAUGUAUGAACCAGUCAUGCUUCCACGAGUCACAUGGCUAAUUUUACUUACACCUAGGACUGUUUAUUGUGAGAGUUCUCAUUCCUUGGCUUUUAAUUGCCAGACUUUUAAACCCUUGAGAUGAUAUUUAACUGAUCAACGUUUCAUCAACAAAGAAUUGAACAUUUAUUUAAAUUGGCAUAUUCAUCUGAUGAACAUUUCAUCAACAAAAUAGUGUGCGGUUUUUUAAAUUGGUUUAAAGUCCCUAGCUUCUGAUAAUCAUUUUUUUCUUUUCUAGUCCAAAGUUCAGCUGCUCUAAAUUAAAUGACUGAUGACCUCCACCGAAUAUAAGUGCAUGGCUUUAAGGUGUUGUGCAUUUAAAUCCAGUUGUCUUAAAAAGGGGCUUUAACUUCUUUUUUCCUUUUUUAUUUUAUCAAAUGAGAAAGGCUCUAGUUAAUGAGGUAACACUGCAGCUCCUCAGGCAGAUACUCAAGAUUUUGUUAUAAGUGAAAACUUUAUAAUUCAUAUCUGAUAAAAAAAUCUGUUAAUUUUCAAGGUAACUUUAAAAAAAAUUAUUAUAAGCCCUAGUUUGUCUUUAUCACAGCAAAUAUCUGAUGAGUAUGUAGAUUUUGUUAAUACAGAACAGAAAGUAUUAAUUUUAAAAUGAACUAACUUGCUGCAAAUUUUCUCUUGGGGUAACCUCUAAAGCAAUCAGCUAAUUAAUGUCAUCUCGCUUGUAAAGAUGAAAUUAUUCUGUAGCAUUGAAAUGUUUCAGUAUGUUAUUUAACCCUACUAUAGUCAGCAAACCUUGGCCCUAUGUGAUUCAAGUAUUUUGUUAAAACUAGUGCUAAUCUAAAGAUGAAUAAAAAUUCUUGACUCCUGAUACACAUGUGUGGUGUCUAGUGUUAAUGAUCUCUAUGGUAUGUAGUUGAGAGACACUUGAAUUUGCUUAUGUAGCAGUUGUCAAAAUGAGUCAUCUUUAAACAUUGCUCGAGCAGCCUAAUGCUGCUCACCACUCUAAAAAAUUAGGAAUUGAAAUUUCCACUAUAUAAGUGUAAUCGCACAUAAGUUUUGAUUCACAUUUCUUAGCUCAAAAGUCAGGUGUGAACAAAUACGGUUUCCAUGUACAAGCGGCUCCCCAAACUGUGUCUCACUUGAAAUAUCUUUUGUGAUUCACAACAAUCAAAAAAAAUAAAUACACCUUUAAAACAUCAACACCUGUCUGUGUAUUUACUAUGUCAUAAAUAAAUCCUUAUUCAUUAGAAUAUAAAAAAUAUGACCUAGACCUAGAUCUUCAUCCUGAUCACUCUGCCAAUGAUAUAUUUUUACUUUUAAUAUUCACUAUAUAUCAUGAUUGAAAUGUUAAUGCUAUAGCCAUUAACAAAAAAAAUGAAGAAAUAAAAUCAGUAACUGUCUAAUGGUAGUUUUCAUGCUGGCCGCCCACCCUGCAAGACUCAUCAACAAGCUGCAUGUGCUUGUCUUGCAAUUUUUCUCUUCAAAUGAAACGCUUGACUGGCUGGACAGGUGGUGUUAAGAAAUCAAUGUCAUUCUUUUACCUCCUGUACAAAAUUGUGGCAUAGGAUUGAGAUCUCACCAAUCAAAAUUAAAACAAGGACGGGGUAUUUUAAGGUGUAGUGGGCUGUGUCCUGUAGUCACCAUGGUUAUCAUCUUACCCUGGAUCUGUCUAGAUUUAGCCAAAUAUGUACAGUAGUUAUUGGUUACAUGUCUACAGCAAGUGGCUGGUUGAGUUGUCACACUUGGGCAAUUAAUUAAAAACCUAAUUUAAUACUUGAGAAAUAUGUUGUUGUUUUUUUUUUCAACAGGGAGCAUUCGUUGUUUGUCCUGGGAUGCUGACAACCAACUUUUAUUCAGUGGAAGCUUCGACCAGUCUGUCAUAGUCUGGGACAUUGGGGGCAGGAAGGGAACAGCUUUUGAACUUCAAGGACACAAGUAAGUUUAAGCUGGAUUGACAGCUUAAAAAUGAGUUGAUCAGAUCAAUGACAUAGUGAGGGGUCCAAGGAAAUUUCUAUAUAUACCAUCAAUAGUUUGCUUUUUACUGUAGAGUUAACUGAAAAAGUGGUGGUUUAAAAGGGGAGGGGGGAUCAUAAUAAAAAAUGAAAAAAUAAUGUUAAUAAUUUUUUAAAAUUGUAUCAAAGAGUAAAAGUUUAACCUUUUUUUUCCCUAAAAUUUUAUCUAAUCCACUUUUAAAUAAAUUUAAUGAAAUUCUGAAAUCUUAUUCAAAUUAAAUAGCAUUUUCAGUGAACAAAGCCACUCUGUUGUCUUCCCAGACUCGACCAGUUUGUAAAUAAACAGAACAUUUUUUAAAUAUCUGAUAGGGACAAAGUUCAAGGUCUAGUGCAUUCCAAGACGUCCCGCCAACUCCUCACUGGAUCAGAUGACUGUGUGCUGGGGAUCUGGGAUAUGGUGGUCAAAAGACUUGAAGUAAACUACUAUGAUAUUAUUUUUUACUUUUGUCUGUGCGUGACACAAAGCUUAGGCCCACCAUUUAGAAUUGAAACCAACGAAAAAUAUAGGAUAAUAAUAUAUGAGUUAACUAAAAAUAGAUUGCAUUAUUAUUUGGUUAUAUUCUAACUUUUGCUACAUUUUACCAUUGUUACCCUUUAUAUUUGUUUUACUUGACAGUUAUCAUAUGAUUUGUACUGUAUAUAUAGUUAAUUUUAUUCUAUGUAUAUGAGAAACUAGUUUAAAGGGCAGGUUAUAUUGAAAGGUGUAGGGCUCCUCGGGUCUAUUAUAGCCUCCACUUGUCCAAUUGAGAUCACUCGUUGAACGUUGACCAAAUAUUUUCUCUCGCUGCAAUCCUGCUCCUCUCCAAGGUGACAACUGCUUCAUGUCCAUAAGAAAUGCUGGUGCAUGCGAUCAGAUCAUUGGGAACCAGACACUCUACUCUUUUAUAUCAGUCUAUAAAUGUGAUCAGAGGACACCGUUAGGCUAUUGCGAAUAAUCCUACCUGCUUUCCCCCUACCCUCAAUAGGGGAUUCUGGGUCUAAACCCAUCCCCAUUCCUUAAGCAAGUCCAUCCUCAUAGGCUCCCGAAGUGACACAUCUCCAUCAGUAAAUGGUUCUUCAAAUAGAAUUAAUAAGAUGGGACUCAGGAGGAUGGGACUUGUUAAACUUGGAUGGCAACUCAUCAAAGAGAAAGCAAACUCUGAAAUCAAACCCGGGGAUGGAGUCCUGUAGUCAGUAUGACAUUGACACAAUGAAAAUUCCAACAAAUCCUGCUGCGUAGAGUGCAUAAAGAGCACAGUGAAACGCUCAAGACACACUUCUGGUCAUCUCUUGCAUCCUGGUCUAUUUCCAAUCAUCUUGAAUAAGUCUUGCCACUGGACCAAUUAGGCACGGACGAGAGAGUGAGGCCGACGAAUUGAGCAACUCUCCCUCACUGUAAACUUUUUACAGCUCAAGUCAAUGCUGCUACUCAAGUCAAAAAUUGCCUUUAUCAACUUUGCUUGCGGAGGACAAACAUUAUUUAUAAUAAUAAAGCAAUAAUACUUAGAAUGCAUUGUGGUCAUCUGGAAGGCCGCAAAGAGGCAAGACUUCUGUUUUAAUUUUAAAUGUUGUUAAAUUAUUUUUGCAGACACCAGAUUGGGCAGAGAGUGAUGUUUGCCAGAAGUGUGAUUCUCCUUUUUUCUGGAAUUUUCGUAAAAUGUGGGCAGAUCGAAAAGUUGGGCAGCGGCAGGUAUAUAACCUUUUAAAAUAACACAGUGUUUUAAAUUAUCCAAACAAUUCAAUUAAUUUAUUUUUCAAUUUUAAUUUUGGAUUAUUCCUGAUUACAUUCACCAUUCACUUUUUUUUUUCUUUUUUUUGUGUGGAUAUUUCAUUCAUUUGUUGCUAUAUCUUAAGUUUGGAGAUUUUUAUUUUUACAACAUGAAAUAGCAAAGAACAUCUCCAGAGUCAAAUUACUUUAAUGUUGGUGUGUGUGUAAAAUCUUUAUCUUGUUUAUUUGACUUUGUGAGAAUUUUAUCAUUGAAGGAGAUUCUCAUUUGUAAAAAAACUGUUGGAUUAUGUUUAUAAAACUUUCCUUGACCGCUUGGGUCACCAUGUAAAAGCAUCAUGCCUGUUUUUAAUGAUGUAUAUGUUAUAUUCCCAACUCAUUCUGUCCAUUGCCUUCCUAGCAUCAUUGUCGUAACUGUGGGAAGGCCUUGUGUCAGGCUUGCUGCAAUCAGAUGUCAACCAUCCCGCUGAUGGGCUACGAAUAUGAAGUGCGAGUCUGUGAUGAAUGUUUUCAAUCUAUUACACCAGAAGAGUAAGUGCAUCUCUUUGUUUUCUCAUGUUGAAUUAAGUUUUUAUUUCUUUGUAGCUAUCUUUACAAUCUAACAGUAGAGCAGCCAUUAAAAUUUUGAGCUUCCAUGAAUCCAUGCAUCAAAUGCAUUGAUGUCUUUGUGCAUUAACAAAAUUUAUUAGCCGACUAUAUUUUUUGUUACCUUGGGUUUCAUGUAACGUGGACCCAUUCAAACAUCUGCCCAACUAGUUUAGAACUCAAGGUCAAUCUUGUAAUCCUGUUUUUACUGACCCAUUUAAUCUUACAGGUCUGGAGUUACUGCCUCAAUCAUAAUCUUACAGUCAAAAGUGUAGUUGAUAAUUAACAUAUGAAACAUGUUCUCCCCAGGAAAGCCCCACAUGCAACAUUUCAUGACUUGAAGCACAGCAUUGUGCACAUGGACCUGGAUGCGUCCCGGAAGAUUCUUCUGACAACUGGAAAGGAUAGAGUUAUGAAAGUAAGAUUUUUUUCUCUUUCUACAAUUUUUAGGAAGAAAAUAAUUUGCAAUCCUUCUUGCAUGUUUCUAUAUUUUGUUUUGACUUUUACGAUGCUAUGAACAACGUUAAAAUAUCAAUAUUAUUAUGCUGACAUGAUUCUUAAAGGUUAAUUCUCAUAAUUGUUUUUAAAAAAGCUUAUUUAACAUAAGCUAUUAAUUCCCCUAAAGCAGUUGUUCCCAAACGCCGUAAACUUCUCAGGGGUUCCGCUGCCACUCCAGUAAACUCCUAUAAACGUGUAAGACAUAGGGUAGGCCCAAAGCUACCCCAUAGAGAUUUAUUUUUUAAAAAGGCUCCAAAAGUAAAAAAAUGUUGGGAACCAUUGCACUAAAGCAUCAACCAUGAUGUUACUCUCUUAGUUUUAUGCACAAGUGAGCUGUAUUUUUAUUUGUUACUAGUAAAAUUGGAUCUUUAUUACUAUUUCUUGUUUCUUUCCCUUGCAGUUAUGGGACAUGAGUCUGGUCUUACACUAAUUGUUGCCUAUGGAGGUAGAUGUACAUGCUACUUUGACAAAUAGUUGUGGCUGUAAGCUAUUUUGGACAACUUCAUUUUGUACUGUUGUCAAUUGUUGCAUUUGUUGAGUCAACCGUUGAGUCAAAUAUACACCUUAUUUUAAAAUGUUCGAUUAUUCUUUUUGUAUCAUCCCCUAAUAAUUCAUAGAAAGUAACAGGAAUACUAUUUUCACUACCCUAACAAUCAAACUCUAACACAGUAACCAUUAUGUAUACCAUUUCACAUGGAAAUAUUAUAACAAUAUACUGAUUGUUGUAAAUUUAAUCUACUCUCAAGCAGUAUCAGGGAUGUCAUUUCAGGGUUUUUUUCGGGGUGGUGGGGGGCACGAAAGCUUGACUGGCUUGUUGAAUUGUUUAUUGCUGGAGGUGACACAGUACAUAGAAAUUUAAAUAAGAAUUGCCACAUUAUGAUUGAAGCUUUCUAUUCUUAAUUUUAAAUGAAAUGAACAAAUAAUUAUUUUUUUAUUUAUUUUCUGCUACGUUUGAUUUUCUGCUGUCCUAGAUACUGAUACCUAGUGUGGAAAAAAAAUCUUGCAAAUUCAAGUGGGGGUGGGGGGACUAAUGCCCCUUCCUGCCCUAUUCAAAUGAUGUCAAGUACAGCCUGCGGGAACUUAAAGUAUUUGUUCGACACACAAAUAUUGGUGAUCAAAGUUACUUUUCUGUACUGUCAGCAACUUCUAGUGUUAUCAGCUGACAUCUUGUAUCCAACAUACAUCAAUAAUGAACAGAAUAUAAUUUUAUUUUUUUUAUUGAAUUUAUGGAUAGGGAACUGUUUUUCAUAAACUUUUAUUUUAUUUCUAUGUUUAAGAACAAUCUAGCCUGAAAAACAUCGAGAUUUAUGGGGAAUCUUUCUUAUUUAUAUCAAGAUGUAUUCACAUGAACAUCAAUUAUUUUUUUAAAUUUAUACUAACAAUUUGUCAUUUCUGCUUCCUGAAUGUUAAAUUCUUUAAAUAAGUAAAAAAAAAAUUACACAAGUACCUGAUCUCUAUCUCUAAAACUUGUUAUCACAGAGAUUGUAUAUUGAGAGAAGUUUUUGUGUCAGCUGUGCUAAUUAAACAAUUAUUUUAUGGUAUCAAUAUUUUUUUUAAAACACAUUUUGUCAUGUUUAUGGGCUUUCAGUAUGAUCAUUGAAUUUCAUUGUAUGUUUCAUAUUUUAUUCAUAUGUUUUGCUCUACAUUUAAUUAUAACUCUUGUUGAAGUUGGUUUGUCAGGAUGAAAAUUUGAAUAGCUGCAAUCAAUUAUGUAGGUACUACUUCAUGAAAUUAGAGAUAUUUAGAAAUGCUUUGAGCUUCGUUUAGUAAUCUUGUCUCACUAUGUUCACUUCAUCAAUAAAAAAAUAUUUAAAAAAAGAAGAGCAUAAUAACUUGUGAAUUUAUUGAAACAUGGACCAGGGGAUUUAGUUUGAAUAUUAGGAAAUAAAGUUUCCUAAGAAUUGACAGGGGCAUCUUUUUCUUGAAGUAUGCAGUGAGGGCGAAUUGACAUAAUAAUAUGUUGUCCUCACUGGUUUCAUAGUCUUAGAAGUCAGUAUUGCACCGGGAAUUGUUGUCAUGUGAUAGAUAAAUUGAUAAAUACUGUUGAGUAUAGCUGUAUUCACUUUAGACAAAAUAUUAACAUGGAAAAGUUUUUUACCGAUUGUUACAUGCUAAAAUUUUCUGUCACUGAAUGGCAUGGCCAGAACAAAGAGCUAGAUGUGAAAUGAUUUUUAAAUUCUUAUUAAUGGGUAACCUUUCAUCUAAGCUAUAGGCAAUAAUUUUCCGAUGAUAAAACACUUUAAAAAUUGUAUGGCUUACUAUUUAUAUAGUGACCAUAUCAUCAUCACAUGCAAAUAAAAAUAUCUUCAAAUAAAUAUGAAGUGACCUUUCAAUUUAUCACUGAAAACAUUUUUUGACAGUCCUCCAUUGGUAUCAUUAUUAAUUUGAAUUCUCUCUCCACCCCCCCCCCUCCCCGCAAAGCGAUUGUGGUGCAUCAACUGAAAGCUUUGUUCUGAUCUAUCUAUACGCAAGACUGAGACAGACGCAUGCGUCUAUUUAUACACAAGGCGUAGACAGAUGCAUGGUCUUCAGAAAACUAAUAAACAUUUUUAAUUAAUUUAAAGCAAAAUAAGAUUUAUUGCAAAGAUUAUUUAUUUGUUUUUUGUAAUAUUUACAAAAAUGUAUUCAGUCCUCAUCAAAUAAGACUACCGGACUGUGUAGAGACUUUCAAUUAUGAGGGAGAUACAUAGCCCUGAAAUGUGUGCCUUUUUGGAAAUUUCAAAAUGGUUGGCUGUUUAAACAGAAACAAAUUUAGCCAUGUGAAGGCUUUGUUAAUUAUAUGUCUUAGAUUUUUAAACACCAAUAAAAUUGAAUUGCUCCAUUUUAAAAUUAUUUUUAUGUGCUCAGACUUCCUCUUAAAACUGUUGUUAAUUUUUUUAAAAUAGUUUCACUUUUAAAAGUUUACAUCAUGUCAUUUUAUUUGAAAAAUAAAAGACUAUUUUUUUAAGUGUAAAAGCCACGAACAGCUUGUUUACGAAAAUAUGCUGAAGAUAUGUCAAUGACAUUUUAAAAAAUUCACAAAAAUAAAUGAUGCGAUUAAUACAAACACAGAAGAAACAAUGGACACCAGGCCACAACAAACACACAACAACAAAAAAAGAACACAGGAUAGCAUGAUUGGAAAUGUUAAUUUUUUAUUUUUUUGAUCUUCAAUUUAUUUUUGUGAUGCUUUUGAUUUUGUGUGUCAUUUAGAUCAGUAAUUCUCAACUUAUGACACAUGCACAUCUUGUGGUAAACAACAUUGUUGCAUGUGGUACACAAAAAUGUAGCAAAUUGAUAUGCAUAAUCUAAUACUCAGUUUGAAUUACAAAUGUUCAUGGUGGUACACAAAUUUGCACCAGAUUAUUUAAGUGGCACAUUAUUUCCAGAGUUUGAGAACCUUUGAUUUAAGUAUUACUAAUCUAUGUAAAUGUGUGCAAAUUAUAUUUUUAUCGUAAUAAUUGUUUCAUUUAUAUUUUUCAAGUUAUUACUUGAUGGGUAAAUUCCCAAUUUGAGAUGUCAGCAAACUUCUAAAUAAAAUCAACAUGUUUGUGAUGGGUUUUUUAAUGUUGUGGUGAACCAUUUGAAAACUGAGGAAUCAACUCUCAUUUAGAUCUAAUUUUUUAGAUUUAAAAUGAUCGAAAAAUUAAAUUUUCUUAACAUAUAAUGUGUAUAAUGUUAAAAAAUUAGAAAACCUAUGCUCAAGAAUAAGAAUAUGCUAGAGAACUGGCAACAAUGACAUUGCUCUGUGGAGGAACACACUGAUAAAAAUUGUAAUGCUUUCUGAAAUAUAAAUCUUGUUGUGGGUCACAUGUGCUAUUAUAAUAUAAUCUUAAUGACAGUGACUUUGAACCAUGGGAACAAUUGAUUUCUAUAAUGUAUGUGACAUGACAUCUGAGCCAUAUGUUAUCAUUAUUAUGCGUAACAUUCAGUGAGUUUGAUUAGUGUGCAUGCAUGCUACUGUGAAAUUAUUUCAUGCAAAACUCAUUAAAAGUGUUAUUGUUUCAUGACCUCCAUCCCACCAUGUAAAUAAAGUGACAUGAAAAUGCAUGUGAGACAUACAUGUUAUAUAAAUAUGUUGUAUUUUAAUUUUAUAUGUCUGUUCACAGUUAUCUUUAACAAGUCACACAAUAAUUUAAUAGUUUUAAUAUAUCUCCAACGUUACCAGUUCAGUAGCUCAGAGUACUCAGACGCUCAUAGUAAUGACGAGACUUAUUUCUUCCAAAUGUGUUUGGCUAAACAAUGGCCUUUCAAUUCAUACGGACUUCUUUCUUGUGUUUAAUAUAAGCAUACAUUUUUCUCUUUAUUGAUUCAUCCUUUGUUGUCUGAAUUCCAUGUAAAAUAAUGAACAGUGGAAAAAUGUUUAACAUAGAGCUAAAUUUAAUUGUUUUGUUUGACACAUUGAUUUAUCCUCUGUUCAACCCACUUUAUGUCAAAUAAAUAAAAUUAUUCCUUAGGGCAAGAUCUGCUUAUCAAGUUUUUCUCAUUAAGAGAACCUGUGGAAAUAAUGAACUUGGUGGAAAUAAUUUAACUCGGUCCUGGAGCUUACUUUUGAUUUGUUUUGUUUGACACCUUAAUUUAGCUUCUGUUCACCUCCAAUUUAUCUG